AUGGGCUUCCCUCCUUCCACAUACACCUCCGUCAGACCCCAGGCCGGCGUCAUGUCUUACAUGCCUUGGUACAACAUCUUCCAGCAACACACACCCGCACCCGCCAUCCCCGAAAUCGUCCUCACGACUCCGGAAGGCGAGAAUAUCCACGGCGACGACAUCCCCCGCGGCCGUGGCAUCUGCGGCUACUCCCGCGACUACCACCACCAGCAGAUCCAGUUCUUCCACAACUGCGAGUUCGAUCUGCUGCCCCUGAAGCCGGGACAACAACGAUCCAUGGUCCGCAACGCCAUCGCGCAGCGCGAGCACGACGACCUCGAACUCCAAUACGAACGAGACAUGGCGUGGCUCGAGGUCAACGAGGUGUAUCGUCUGUGUUCCAAGGACGAUGCAGAGCAACACGACAAGUCUGCGGGCCAAGCCGGCUCCGCUCCCGCCGAUUCCCAGAUCAGCACGCGCAGCAAGCGCUCCUACAACCUCAGUUCCAGCUGGAGCGACGUCCCGUCCGACAACAAACGCCGCAAGACCACCGCCGAGAAGGCAGGGGAACUCGAAGAGAAGCGGGAGCGGGAGCGGCAGCGCGCAGACCUCAACCAGAAGGCGCAGACGGCCCGGCGCGCGGCGGCCGAGCUCAAGGCGGAGAUGAACCGGUUCGGCGUCGGCCGUUGCGAGAUGGACGAGCUGCGGAAGCAGGAUGAGAAGGUGCAGAAGGAGUUGAAGAUGUACGGGGAGAAGAUCCUGUCUCUGUAUGAUGAGGAUAUGUCGGAUGAUAGUGAUGAGGAGCAGGAGGAUGAUGAUUGGGAGGGUUCGAUAGUGUUUGAGAUGGAUGAGGAUGUGGAGUCUGAUUGGGACUGGGAGAUACUUUGA